CUCGGUGGUUCGCAGGGAGAAAAAAAGUUAUCUUCAGCGCAAGUGGACAACCACAACUGCGAUUCACCAACACUUUAGACUCAAACCUUAGUCUUGGGGAAACCCUGACACCCAGACAACUACCUAUUUUCAGCGAGCAUAACCCAAAAUGAAGUAAAAAGAUUGCUCUCUACAUUGAACCUCCUAUCAGUUUCCUGCACAGUUCCGUUCUGCAAGACGCUGCCAGCGGUUUGCGGACGCUGAACCAGUGUUAAGAUGCUUCCAUUUAUCAACACGCCGUUCGUCUACAUAUCGGGCAAGAUAGGGUCUUCCCCCGAUGACUUGAAGCUCAUCAGCUCGUUUCUACUAUCCUAUCCACUUGCCGGACUACUCAAGCGGGUGCCAGAUUCCAAACCUCAGCUCAAGAACCUUGUUAGCAUAGGUUUUGCGCUUUUCUACCUCGUUGGCCUCUUUGACCUAUGGGACGGUCUCCGAACAAUCUUCAUAUCCUCCGCAGGCGCCUACGCCCUUGCCAAGUACAUGCGUAGCAGCCCAUAUAUGCCAUGGAUCGCAUUCGUCUUCCUGAUGGGCCACAUGUCGGCCAACCAGCUGAAUCGCCAGCUUCUUGCGGAGAGCAAUAAUGAUGCGAUGGACAUCACGGGCUGCCAGAUGGUCCUGGUCAUGAAACUUACUGCCUUCUGCUGGAACGUAGCAGACGGACUCUUGCCCGAUGAUCAGCUUUCAUCCUUCCAGCGCGACCGCGUGAUCCGCGAGUUACCAUCACUCCUCGACUAUACUGGCUACGUCUUGUUCUUCCCGAGCUUGCUUAUCGGCCCGGCCUUCGACUACGCCGAAUACCGUCGCUGGCUCGAUACCUCCAUGUUCGACGUGCCUGCCAGCACCGACCCGCUCAAGAAGGCGCCCACACGCAAAAAGCGCAAGAUUCCACGCUCGGCCACACCGGCCAUUCUCAAGAUGCUGACGGGUUUGGCGUGGAUUUUGACCUUCCUCAACCUGUCGUCGUAUUACUACGCCGAUUUCCUUACUGGGCCCGAGUACAUGCGCUACUCUUUUCCGCGGCGUAUCUUCAUCCUGCACAUGUUCAACUUCACCGCCCGCUGCAAGUACUACGGGGCCUGGUCACUCAGCGAAGGCUCCUGCAUUCUUGCAGGGCUGGGUUACAACGGCGUCGACCCCGUCACGGGCAAGGUUUCGUGGACUCGGGUGCAGAACAUAAACCCUUUGGGGGUUGAAUUGGCACAAAAUACUCGGGCAUACUUGGAGAACUGGAACAUCAAGACGAACAUGUGGCUCCGUAACUACGUGUAUCUGAGGGUAACUCCCAGGGGUAAAAAACCCGGAUUCCGCGCCAGCAUGGCCACGUUUGUUACCAGCGCGGUGUGGCACGGUUUCUACCCAGGCUACUACCUCAGUUUUGUGCUGGCCAGCUUUAUCCAAACCGUGGCGAAGAACUGCCGCCGCUAUUUCCGACCCUUCUUCAUGGACCCCACCACGCAGAAGGCGCUACCAAACAAGCGCUUCUACGACAUAGUCUCAUUCUUUGCUACGCAACUAACCUUCACCUUUGCGACCACGCCAUUCCUGCUCCUGCGAUUGGGCCCCUCAAUCCUUGUCUGGUCACGCGUGUACUAUUACGCCAUCGUGGGUACCGCGGCAGGAAUGGCAUUCUUUGCCUCGCCCGGCAAGAAGAUGCUUCGGAAGAAGAUUGAAGAGAGGAACGCCAAGGCCGCUGGCAAGGGAGAAGGCAGGGCGUCCCUACAGAGAACGUCCAGCACAGACAGUGUUAACCGGAUGCCGGUCAUGGGUGUAAGUGGGGACCCGGAGCGUGAAGUCGACGACGCGGUUGCGGAGAUUAGAAGUGAGAUCGAGAUGCGCGCUCGCCGGAGAUCCUCGGUGAAGAUGCCACCGGCAAAAUGAUUUACAAUCUAGACCAUGCUCGAUUAAUAGGUGUCGUUAGCGUCAGCUGCUAGGCAGUGGGCUGUGUCGAGGGCAUUUAGUUUUUCCUUAUCAGUCUUCUCAUAUCUAGAGCUUGUUUCUUGUACCUAGACUAGUAGCCCGCGUGGAGUUUAAGUCAGUAGAAUGUUAGGCUAACACCUCAAUAUGCGAUGUUCGGGGCCCGCGAUUUAGACA